UUGUCCCUCACUCAGGUCAAGGCUCAGGCUGGGCCCAUCUUCGCUGUCUGGGACACCCUGUCCCUUUGUGAAUCCUCCAGGGGGCAAGCUGCCGGGGGAGGAGCAGCCAGGCUUGGGCCAGGGCCUGGAAGGGUAUGACAUUGGCACUGUGGCAUCAUGUGCCUGUCUCUGCGUUCCAGCUGACACGGGUUCAUCACCCCUCCUCCACACCCUGUGAGGACAUCAAAAGCAUGGACAUGUCGCUUUCCACGGGACACAUCUUACUGCCCACUGUUCCUCCAUCCUAAUGCCUCCCAAGCACACGUGUGGGUGGCAGGCGCACUGCUGAUAGCUGUGGAUGUGGCCAAGACAGUCUUCACCCCCACCCUCAUGGCGUGCAUGAUCUGUUAGGGAGGACCGUCUGCGCAAAGCCCCAGGACCAUGAACGGCAGCUACAACGCCUGCAGCUCCAUCGACCUCACCUGGCCCCUGCCGCUCAGGCUCGGCUUCUACGCCUACUCGGGCGUCCUGCUGGUGCUGGGCCUGCUGCUCAACGGCCUGGCCCUCUGGGUGUUCCUGUGCCGCAUGCAGCAGUGGACGGAGACCCGCAUCUACAUGAGCAACCUGGCGGCGGCCGACCUGUGCCUGCUGUGCGCCCUGCCCUUCGUGCUGCACUCGCUGCAUGAUACCUCGGACACGCCGCUGUGCCAGCUCUCCCAGGGCAUCUACCUGACCAACAGGUACAUGAGCAUCAGCCUGGUCACUGCCAUCGCCGUGGACCGCUAUGUGGCCGUGCGGCACCCGCUGCGCGCCCGCUGGCUGCGGUCCCCCCGGCAGGCUGCGGCCGUGUGCGUGGUCCUCUGGGUGCUGGUCGUCAGCUCCCUGGUGGCUCGCUGGUUCCUGGGGACGCAGGAGGGCGGCUUCUGCUUCAGGAGCUCCCGGCACAAUUUUAGCUCCGGGGCCAUCUCGCUGCUAGGCUUCUACCUGCCGCUGGCCGUGGUGGUCUUCUGCUCCCUGAAGGUGGUGACCGCCCUGGCCCAGAGGCCACCCACUGACGUGGGGCAGGCAGAGGCCGCCCGCAAGGCCGCCCGCAUGGUUUGGGCCAACCUCGUGGUCUUCGUGGUCUGCUUCCUGCCCCUGCAUGUGGCCCUGACGGUGCGCCUCGCUGUGGACCUCCACACCUGUGGCCUCCUGAAGACUUUCAGCCGCGUCCUCUACAUAACCAGCAAGCUCUCGGAUGCCAACUGCUGCCUGGAUGCCAUCUGCUACUACUACAUGGCCAAGGAGUUCCAGGAAGCGUCUGCGCUGGCUGCGCCUCCCAGCGCCAAGGCCCACAAAAGCCAGGACUCUCUGUGUGUGACCGUCACCUAGGAGGCACACUGUGGAUGCUGGGGGCCAGGCCUCGGGGGCUCCGGGCGGUGCUGCCUGCCAGGGGAAGCUGGGACCAGCAGCAAGGAGCCCAGGAUCAGCCCUGAACUCGCUGUGCACACUCUUGGAGCCUCGGGUGGGCAGGGAUGGCCCUCACACCAGCUCUCCUGGGAAGAGAGAGGGACAGGGAUAAGGGCGAGAGGAUUGAGGCCAGAGCCGGGCCGACCCGAGAGCCCCAGGACGGGGCCACACUCCUGCCACCCCCAGAGCCAGCUCAUCUGGCCAGGGUGGGUUCCUGCUGGCCAGGGUGUGGCCUUGAUGACACUUGCCGCCACCCCCUGGGGCUGGAAUCAAACUCCCCGCCCGGAGUCAGUCCUA